GCAGAAUUCCCGCUCAUCCGACAACCGCAAGGCACUCUGGGAGGGAAGUACCCAGAACUAUUGCUAAAGCGCCGGAAAGAGGACAAGGAACAACUAAUUCAGGAGACAAGAAAAAGGUUUACUCAGGAGUAUCUGCAAGAUAAGGCUGACAGAUAUGAUUCUCGUGAUGUGGAAAGACUACAGAAGGAUGACACCUUGGUGGAAAGCUACCUUAUGUGGAGGCAUUAUGUAACAGAGGAAGCUCUAAAGAUGAUGGAUGAAAGCCUGAAAUGGAGGAAAGACAUUGGUGUAAAUGACUUGAAUGAAUCCACUAUCCCUAAGUGGUGUUUUGAGACUGGAGCAUCUUAUCUGCAUGGAUAUGAUAAAGAAGGCAAUAAAUUGUUGUGGCUCAAGGUAAAGCUCCAUGUACGUGAUGGUAAAACAACUGAGGACAAGAAAAAGUUUGUUGCAUUCUGGUUGGAGCGCUAUGCCAGGAGAGAACCAGGGAAGUUCAUAACUGUUGUUUUUGACAUGGUUGACUCAGGACUAAGCAAUGUAGAUAUGGAUUUUGUUCGGUUUGUCGUCAACUCUUUUAAGACCUACUACCCCAGAUAUCUGUCUAAGAUGGUAAUUUAUGAAAUGCCGUGGAUAUUGAAUGCUGCCUUCAAAAUUGUGAAAAGUUGGCUUGGUCCAGAGGCUAUAAGUUUGCUGAAAUUUGCAAACAAGAAUCAAGUUCAGGACUACAUCAGUGCAGAAUACUUGCCACCUCAUAUGGGAGGAACAGAUCCCUUCAAGUAUAGUUAUCCUCCAUUGCCUGAUGAUGACUUUCAAACGCCACUGUGUGAGAAUGGACCAGUAGCAAGUGAGGAUGAUUCCGAAAGUAAACUGAGUGAAUCAGAUCUCCGUGACACCGUAGAUUUAAGUGUGCCAAAAAAGAUAAGCAUCAGCGACGACCAAAUUAAACAGGAGGAUGUGGAAAAAAAUGAUGUAAAGCAAAAAAACAACAGGAAGGCAUCAACUGUAUUCAAAGGACCUUUGUUACAUAUCAGUCCAGCAGAAGAACUGCAUUUUGGGUCCAAGGAAAGUGGAGAGCGAAAAUGUGUAAUUGUGCUGAAUAAUGUAACAAAAAACACAGUAGCAUUUAAGGUGAGAACAACAGCUCCUGAAAAAUACAGAGUCAAACCAAGUAACAGCAGCUGCGAACCAGGAUCCACAGUUGAUAUUGUGGUGUCUCUGCAUGCAGCCUUUGUAGCAUCUCUCCAGGACAGAUUCUUAGUAAUGGCGGCAGAAAUGGAGCAGCCCUCCGGUGCCAGCACACAAGAACUCACACAGUUUUGGAAGGAGGUGCCCAGGAGUAAAGUCAUGGAGCAUAGGUUAAGAUGCCACGUUGUUGAAACUAGCAAGCCUGCCUCAUUAAUCCUAAAAUCAAACACAAUGAACCACUCUGUAUCGGACAGUGACGACUUGCAUUUUAAGCUCAAUCAGCUGUUGGAAACUAACAGAAGGUUAGAAGCACAGAUGGGGCACUGCCUCUGGUUUCAGCACAUGUUAGCCACCUUAUUAUCCAUUCUGGUCGCCAUUGUUGCUGCUGGAGUGUAUAUAACGAAACACCAGGACUGUUAAAUGUGUUGUUCAUCUCCCAGAUGCGCUGCCUAUGAAACCACCUGUGAGAGAAAUGGAUCUGCCCCCACAUGACCAAAGAUGCCUUCAAAGCAGUGUUAUGUUGUAUAAGACAGCUAAUUCAUAAAGAGGUUACGACGUUCCCCAGACGUUUAAAUGAUGCCAAUAUUUGGUGUAACUUUGCUUAUUGUCUUUAGUGGUAAAGCUGUGAAACAGUAAUGUAAUGAAGUACAGCUCGUAGACAGGCCUGCCGCCAUGACCCUGAAUGUUAUAUUAAUGUGAGCCUUGGAUACUUCUCGUGAUAAUAUUUAAGUCCUAAGCAGAUGUUGGCAAAUGGUAUGCACUACAAAACUCUUAUGGAUCCUGUGAAUUUACCAUAUAGACUGCUGCUCAUCUUGCUUAUCUUUCUUCUAGUUUGCAGUUAAAUGUUUAGUUGCCAUAGUUCUUACUUGCCAUAAAUACCGGAGCGUUUAGCUGUCCCCAGCAAAGGUAUUUUUUUAUCACUAAUAAAUUAGUGGCGAACAUUUGCUUUAAUUUAUGUGCAAUCCUCAGCGGCUUACAUCCCAUGAGUCAGUCGGUGCAUAUAGAUGCUGCGAUACUGUGCUAACUACUAAAACCGUAGAAUUCAGUCACGCCAUGGGUAUUUAUUUGCUCUUGUCAUAGAUGAAACCCAGGAACCCCCAGAGGCCAUUUGUUAAGAAGGACAGUAUUGACAGAACAUUGCUUUUCUGUUACAUGGAUGAAGGAUAAAUGCAUAUAGUGCAUCAAGCCAAUUAUAACCUCAGGUUUCAGUCCCUCCUUCCCUCGCUGCUACUGAUAAUGUAAAUAAAUGUUUUUAUGAUACUAUUUGGUGUCAUAGUCUCACUGCUUAUGCCUUCUUGGAUGACGUCCUCUAUUUUUGUAUAUAAAUGAACAUUUGGGCACCCGUA